GCCUUAAGAACUAUCCUGGCCUCACAGGCUGAAAGACAAGGCAGGAUGGGUAGAAGAUGGGUUGGGGAGGGACCAGCCCUGGCUCCGCCCCUCCUACUUUAGAGCCAUGGAGAGCCCCGGUCCUGGUGGGCCACCCCUGGUGCAAGCGCCCUACACUGUUCUGCUGCUACCACUGGGGACAAGCCACCAAGACCCAGGAGCCCAGAACUUCUUUCUCUGGCUGCAGAUGAUGCAGGCGCUGGAGAGGGAACAAGAUGCUCUGUGGCAGGGCCUGGAGCUGCUGGAGCACGGCCAGGCCUGGUUCACAGACCGGCUGAGGGAGACACAGCAACGGCAGCUGCAGCUGGGGGCCCUUGGCGAGGGCUUUCUGAUGGGCUCGCGCUCAGAGUCCGACGCCCCUCAGCUAACCCAGAUUCAAAAGGUGAAUGCUUGUUUACACAGUCUGAUUCACAAGGAGUUGUCAAAGCAGCGGAAGGGAGAGGUGGUCAGCCAGGCUCCCCCAGGGCCAAAGGGGCCUACUCUUGUGUAGACUGUAGACCCUCCCCUCCCUGCACUGGUGAGUAAGGGGUGGGGUUGGAGUCAGAACCCCCUGCCCCUCGCCACCCCGAUUUCAUCUUAAUUCAGCAGCCAAGGGCUCCAGGCUGAGACAUUCAGACAGCUUGGUAUAAAGUGUCCACAGCAUCUUCUCCAUGUCCCUUUCCCUCGCUCUCCCCUACAUCCUGCACAACCAUCUUUCCCCAGUGUAUCCGGUGAGAGGUGCGAUCACGGAGACUCGCCUUCAGCUUGAAGCAAAACUAAGCUAAAAUUUAGAGUGCAAACUGCACCGUCUGGUGCCCCGUGUCCCGUGUGCUGCUCUGUGCCCCGUGUCCUGCUCUGCUUCUGGAAUAAAUGGCAGCUUUCUU